UUGAGGACCCCUGCAUUAGGCAGUGGUGCACUGCACAUGGAACACUGAUUUAUGUUAUGCAGCUUUUUACAUGAAAGAAGAGAAACAAUACAAUGAACACAUUUUGAGUGAAUUUUCUCUGUGAAUGUGUUGAUUUAUCACUAUUUUAUAGGGGACAAUGCAAUUCUGCAUUUUAGCCUAACUAUAUUGUUUUGGGCACAAGCUUUCCUGUAACAAAUUUCUUCAGUUCUCUCCAACUGCAGCUUCCAAAUUCACAGUUUGUGUGUGUGAACAAUCCUCAUCCUGGCCUGAACAGGUGGAGACCGCCUUCCCAAAAAUACCAACAGCCUUCCUUUAAUGCUUUCAGGGAUCUUCUUUGGUGUCAGCGAUUACAUCCAGCUGCUUGCUUCUCUCUAUUUUUAGAUGUGUGCAAGAGCACUCUGGAGUGGAAAACUUUCUAUCACCCCUCUCUCUCAGCCAUAGUAUUUUAACUGAUGUAAAAUGAUAGCAGGCUUUACAUGCAGCUCCAUGCUCCCUCCCUCCCUCUGCUCUCUAAUAUUUAGAAUUGCUGGAUUGCAAUUGACUUGCCCUGGUUUUUAGGUAGAUGUUUGUGCAACAGCUUCAUACUAUGGGGCCACUUGGUUCUUCCUUUCCUUUCUCGGAAUUUGCUUGUUUCCAGAAGGUGAAGUGACAAGAUGUGGAGCAACAAACCCAAUGAGGUGCCUUUACAAAAUCCAAGGUCCUCUCAGAGUCUGGAUUCUAUCAGAGACUUAACCACAGCAGGGGAUGCUUUUUCACAAACUAAGGCAGCACUGCAUCAUAUUGAAAACAAAUUGGAAGUAACGCCUACCAGCACAGCUGUAUUGGAGUCUGUCAUGGAUAGCAAGAAACCAUCUGCCAGUACUACCAGAAAAAUAAGUAGGAAAGGCUACAGGAUUUCCAGUCAAAGGAAGGAGAAAUCCUCACGUAGUCCUCUUCGUGCUACCACGUUGGAUAGCAAUGUGAAAAAGUGUGUGCAUGUUGAAUUCCGUGAGCCCCUGGCUUCUUUCAGACAUACUCAGUGGGGCCCAUCUUAUGAAACCUCUUGCCAACUGGAAGCUAGGUAUCUGAAUCAUAAAGAUGCUGGAAAUAAGGGUGAAGGAGCGAGUUAUAUGGACUGUGAAAAAGGUGAAUCAGAUUUGCAGAACAGAGAUUUCAGAAGCCUGUCCUCUUCAGGUGAAACUAUUGUCCGAUACUUGAAUGACCGACCAGCAAUUGAUGCCUUGCAAAAUCCAGAUGUUUUUGUAAAAGAUGUAACUCCUACAAGGUCAGCGGAGGAAAAGACUGAGGGAUCCAGAGGAGAUGACUACAUCAAAAUGUCUUUGAGUAUUUCUCAGGAAACAGAACUAAAACAUUUACCAUUGGUAGAGUCUUCAGCUUCUUCUGCCAGUACCUCCAGUGCCCACAGACUAGAUAUUUUGAAGCAACAUCAGCAUGACGCUAAACUGGAAAAGUUGAAAGAACGGAUAAGAAAGCAGUGGGACCACACAGAUGAACUGUGUAAUAGAGGGCAUCAUUUGGAAUACACAGACCAUCCAAUCACUGCAAUGGCUUCUGAGAAUACAGUGACUCCUAAAAUCAGAAAAGUGGCAGCUGCACCUCCUGCUCCUUCGUAUAAAGGUUUCAAUCCAUCAGAAGCCAAGAUUCGUACUCCGGAUGGAAAAAUAUGGCGUGAAGAGGAAUUUUUCAAUCUCAGUAGAGAGUUAUGUCGAGACUUAGAACUCCAGUUGACAGAAGAAGAUGUGGCUGUGAAAGAGACUCCUGAAAAAAGCAAGGAGAGAAAAACAACCAAGCCAGUACGCAAAAUCCAGAAAGUGACUCAACAUCCAAAUCCUGAUUCUAAACAAGGUAGUUCCAGUGCAAUAAGUACAUCCUCCUGGCGGAAUGGACAGAGACUGGCGAAGAAGAUAUUGGGUCCAGCACCAAAAAUAGAACAGCCGCACAAACAGCUAUCAUCUAAUGACAGAAUGGGGAAGGAUAGACCCACAAAAUCUGCAUCUCACAUAGGAAAGACAGAAUCUGAUUUCAAUCUGGAUAUUACCGUCAAAAUGCUAUCAAAAAGUCCUGAACGGUCACGGACUAAAGCAAGAGUGGAGAAUAACCUGAAGAAAAAAGAUCCUGCUGCUCAGGAUGUUAAACUGGGAGAAGACCAUGUAAAUAAGGAUUUUUUGCCAGUGGAGAUCCGUGGGAUUCUUGAUGACCUCCAACUGGAUUCUAUGUCUCAGCAGGAAAGGAAGGAAAAAAGCCAGAGUCGGAAAUCUUCUUCAGUUACCAGGAGUCACAGCCCAACAAAAAGAAAACCAGACAAACUUUCUGCUAAUGAUGAGCCCCAAAUCACAUCUAAGAAACGACAUUAUGAUACAGAUGAGGUUCGACAGUUUAUUGUUAGACAACAGGAAGAAAGAAAAAAGAGGCAAAGUGAAGAGAAGAAAGCACAGAAAGAGGCAACUGAACAAAGGAAUAAGAAACUUCAGGAACUUUACAAGAAACAGAGAGAAGCUUUGGCUAACAAGACAAAGAGCACACCAGCUCCUGAAUUGGCCAACAAGCAAUUGCAAGACACUUAUUCUAAAUUGGAACAAGCCCUGCUGGAGCAGCCGUUACCCUCUGUACAGGAGGGAGAGGCCAAACCUGGUUAUCAACCAUCUGGCGAAUCUGACAAAGAGAACAAGGUGCAAGAGCGUCCUCCCAGUGCAUCCUCUAGUAGUGAUAUGUCUCUUUCUGAACCUCCUCAUCCUGUUCUCAGGAAUAAAUUGUUGGAGCCUUUGUGGAUUCAGCCAGAUAGGUUGAGUUCAAAAAUCCAACUUCCCUGCCCACAGUCUUCUGCUAUCUUGAAUGGGAAUCUCUUCUCUCAACACUUAUCCCUGGAUCACAGGAGUCUCUUACAAAAGGACUUUGAUACUGUCUUCUCAACUAAAAGAAGCUAUAGUACUGCUGUGGGUUCUAUACCUUCGGGAUCUCAGCCAUUUGUGCCAUCUGUUGUACAGCCAACAAUUAAUCAGUAUAAAAGCAAAUUGGACCGUAUUGAAGCCCUGAAAGCGACAGCAGCCUCUCUAUCAAAUAGGAUUGAAAAUGAGGCCAAGAAAUUAGCAGGGGCAGGUAUUAACUAUGGUGCUGUAUGGAAUUCUGAGUGUGACUUAUUGCAAGGAGACCAGAGUGAUGGCUACUGGGCAAAGUCCAGCAGCCCCCCUGUGAGAGAAGAUGAUGUUUUUUCUGCCAGACUUCAGAAGAUGUUGGGUACCUGUGUCUCUCACGCAACUUUUGAUGACAACCUUCCUGGAGUGGGAAAUCUUAGUGAAUUUAAAAAGCUUCCGGAGACCAUUAGUCCUCAUACUGCCAGUAUCAACCUCAUAGGCAAUUACCGAUCUGAAGGAAUCCUAGGAAGUCUGUCCAAGAAGCAGGCAUCCUCCCCCGGUGUUGAAAGUAAAGUGGCACUUUGGCAUGCUGGCAGUGUAGACUCAAUAAGUGAAGGGCCACUCAGUGAUGGUCUUCUGUCUGAGGAGGAAGGAGACAAACACGAACAGCCAGCAUUGAAGAUAACUGAAAUACUAAAAGAAAAAGAAUUCUGUGCAGUGGAUAAAACUGGCUAUGAGCCCAUAAAAGAAUUUCAGAAAGAGGCAGAAAAGUAUUUACCUAUUUUCACACAACUGAAGAGUGCCCAGAGACCUUGGGAGGAGCUUUCCAAGGGAAGUCCCCAUAGUGUCAUCAACAUUUUUACAAAAUCUUAUCAGCUGUAUGGAAAAGGAUUUGAAGAAUGGUCAGGACAAAGGUCACCAACUCAGAGAUCUUUACUUCCCAUCAUGAGCCCUUCUGCGAGUAUUGUUUCAUACGACGAUGAUUUCAUUUCAUCACAGGGUACUGGAACAGCCACAAGCAAAAAGGCUGCUCUUGAGCCCAGUGGAAGCAGCAGCCCCAGCCUGAAAGAAGAACUGGCCAGCAGGAAGUCUCCUUAUGAGAUGCAAGCUAUACAGCUUACUCACCAUUCCUCAGGACCACCAUCUACUGGUUCUUCUCAUUCCUCUGCAUCUUUUAAAAAAAGAGGGAAAAUGGGAAAGCUGGAUUCUUUGACUGGAGUUCCAAAUAUCCCUUUGUGGGAGGAAAGUAAAGAAUCUCCAAGAUCAGAUUAUGGACUGCAUCAGGCACUGAACUCAUUACCUGAUAAUGGAAUAUCUAAUAGAGAACCAGAGCAGAAUCUAGAUUCUGACAGCACUUUAGAGGAACUGUCUGGUCACUCCUUGAUGAGUCUCCCAGAUAAAGUAAGGUCCCCAAGGACUGCAAGCUCUCCUCAGUCUCCUCAUAUACAGAAACAGUCUCAUCUGGUAAUAAAUACAUCAGAUAAAAACAGAUUGUCAAGUUCUUCAGUGAAUGUAGCUUCUGAACCUCAGCCAAAUGCUACCUUCUCUGAUUUGAAUUUUGGAACCAACAAGGCUGGAGCCGGGAUUAUGAGUGGUUCCAUGCACUUCUCACCUUCUGGUCUUCAUCAACGUAUGUCAGCAGAACUUAACUAUUUAAGUGCCAUUGAAGAGUCUGUACGCCAGAUUUCUGAUGUAGAACGUGUGCGAGGAAUAUCACUUGCACAGCAGGAAAGCGUUUCUUUGGCUCAAAUCCUAAAGGCACAGCAGCAACGACAUGAACGGGACAUGGCUCUUCUGAAGUUCAAGACAGAGCAGGAGGCUUUGGAAACUCAGAGGCAGAUGGAAGAGGCAAGGCAGAAAGCAGCUCAGGCCCAUGCAAAAUCUUUGCAGCAAUUGGUGCAGUCACGGCAGGAAGCAGCAGAAGCUUUACAGGAGACAACAUGCAAAAUUGCAGCCCAGCAGGUGGAGGCUGCUCUGCUCACUACAGAUGCUGCUCGCCAGUUACAUGAGAUGACAGAGGUUGCACGUGCCCAGAUGUCUGAUGUCACUGGUGCUUCUGCAGCUCUGGCUACCACACGAUUUGACCAAGGAAGAAAGCAUCUUAUAAAGGAGUUCAAAUCUCACAAAACGAGCAGGAAAUUGGAAUCAAAUGCUGCUACACAAGGCAAAGGGGAGCUAGGAGACUCAAAGCAUCAUUACUCCCACUCAUUUGAUAGUUACUCUGAAUCAUCAAGAUCAAAGACACAUGAUCAGAGCAGUAGUAGCAGCAGUAGUCGUCAAGAAAGUCCAUCCAUUCCCUCUUCUAAGCAAGUGAAAAAGCUUUCCCAUCAUGAGAAGCGUAGCAGCUCUGUUGAAGAGGAGGUUCCUACAGCUGUGAAUGAUUCCCUACAGAGUAAUGAUAUUCCAUGCAAUCUUGAUGAAAGAGAUUCUACUUCUGUUGCAACAGAAUAUUCCCUCAAAUUUGAUGAAUCUAUGACAGAGGACGAGAUUGAAGAAAAGUCCUUCCGGUCUUUACUGCCAUCUGAAAGUCAUCGUCGGAUCAAUAUGAAAAAACGAGUUCACCAUGAUUAUUCUGAUGAGGAAGCUUCUCCUGGAAAGGCCACAUUGUCACCUGCUAAAGAGCUAAGUCUGCCAUUUUCAGGAGGACAAGACAGCUUUUCCAAAUUUACAAUGGAAAUGGUGCGGCAGUACAUGAAAGAAGAAGAAAUGAGAGCAGCUCACCAGUCCUCAUUGCUCCGUCUACGUGAGAAAGCAUUGAAAGAGAAGACAAAGGCUGAGUUGGCUUGGUUAGAACACCAGAAAAAGCAUCUACGAGACAAAGGAGAAGAUGAUAAAAUGCCACCUAUCAGAAAGAAACAGCGUGGCCUACUUUUGAAGCUGCAGCAGGAGAAGGCUGAAAUUAAGCGUCUUCAGGAGGCCAAUAAGGCGGCUCGGAAAGAGAGGCAACUGAUCCUUAAGCAACAGGAAGAGAUAGAACGAAUACGCCAAACCACUAUGAAAUUGCAGGAAAAACUAAAGUCUGCGGGGGAAAAUAAACUGGAGUAUUGCAGUGAGGAUGAUGUAAAGCAAACCCAGUCUUCAACCCCACUGCCAACAGAUGCAGAGACUGGUAGUCCUUCUUCCAUCUCCAGCUGUGAGACGAGUAGCAUCAUGCAAAAACUAAAGAAAAUGCGUAGCCGGAUGGAUGAGAAACACUGCUCUCCUGUUCACUACUUCUUCUCUGUCUUUACGUCUCACCACUGGGCUUCUCUCAGUGUCUGUUUUCCCAACCUCCAUCCCAAAUUCCAGCUGUAUAUCUACAACCAAUUGGUCAGGUUCUUAACUAAGAGAGAACAAAAACUAAUGCACCGACGACAGUAUGCCGAAGAACUGCUGCAGUGGAAGCGUCGUUUAGAUAAAGAAGAAGCAGAGAUACGUCAAAUAGAGAAGCAAGCGUUGGCUGCCUGGGAUAAAGACUUGCUCAAAGCCAAAGCAAACAAAAAAGGUGCUGGAGACCAGAAAUCUGAUCAGAAAGAAACAGCUAGUGAAGAAGAUUCUUCAGUCCCACCUUGUUCUCGCCUGAAUAGUGAAAGUUCUGUGCCAGAAGAAUUGGGCAGCCUACCUGUUGAAUCUAGGCCAACAACAGUCCAUGCGGAUCAAGAGCGAUUUGAAAGCCUAGAUCAUACACUUACUGAGGAAAUGGCUUAUACACAAGAAUUAGCAUCCUCUGCCUCUCCUGGAAAACAUUCUCCUUCCAAGAGUAGUGCGUCCCACUCAAAACAAAUACAUAGCAAGGGAAGCCACAAAAUAGACGGGCAACCUCAUUUGUCUACAAAAUCUCAAGAUGUUUCCUACAGUUGGUCUGAUGAGUCUUUGUCCAUGACCCAGUCAGUAUUAAAAUAUACCUUGUCAGAAACUACAUCUGAUCAAAGUGAUGUGGAAAGCCGAAUCCGAGCCCUGAAGGAUGAGUUACGGAAGAGAAAGUCUGUUGUUUACCAACUGAGAAAGGAACAAAAAAAGAGGCAUAAGGAGAGAUUGAAAGCCCAGGAGGCCAGUUUGAUCAAACAAUUAGAAACUUAUGAUGAAUUCAUCAAAAAGACUGAAGCAGAACUGAAUGGGGAUCUGGAGGCAACACCUACAGCUAAACCUCAAAUCAAGACACUGUCUUCAACUAGUGAAAAGCCAAAGAUCAAACCACCUCCACUCCAUAGAUCUGAUACAUCAAAAAGUUGGAAAUCACUAACUGAUUCUGAGCGUUCUAGAGGAUCCUUGGAGUCCAUUGCAGAACAUGCUGAUGUUCUUUCUCGUUCUGAGAAAUAUGUAUCUCCAUACACCAAGAAAUUUCUUGAGGCAGAGGUUCGGUCAGAGGAGCAAUCCCGAAUUUCAUCUCCACUCCUCAAGAUUACAAGAAGCUCUAGAGCAGAAUCUGGUGAUUCUUUAGACAGUUCGGCUUCAUCAGUUCUUUUGAAAGACAUAAACAAAUCAUCACCGAUGUCCCCAAAUAGGCUUGAAGAUACAACAAAUUAUGAGUCUUUUAUUUCCAGUAACAAAUCUCUAGUAGAAGAAGGUGUUAAAUCCAUAAAAUCACAUAUAGCUGAAGUAGUUGAUAAGGCUUCUGUAAGACCUGGUGCUUCUUCUUUCAAUGUAGAAGAAAAUAAUUUACCUGGAAGUUCUCCAAAUACAUAUGGGAGUCCUGAGGCUGAUUCUCUAGAAAAGAAGCAAUUUGGCUUUCCUUCAGUAGAUAUCCCUGAAAGAAAGAAGAUGCCAGAGGAAAGGUCCACGGAUGAUGAAAAUGCUGUGUCAGUCAAGAAUAGAAUAAAUAAGGGGGUGUUGCAUGAAGACUUGGCUUCAGAAAAGAUUUCUAUUUGCAAAGAGUCAUCAUAUUCUAAUGAUUUUGAAGGGUCUUCCUCAAAAAAAGAAACAUCAAAAGAUGGAAUACUUCUUACUCAGUAUUGCAAGGGUGGUCUUGAUACAUUGUCUGAUGGAAAAGAUAAAUCCUGGCAUACAAAACCACCCAGGAGUAGGUCUGCUAGUACUAGAAGUGAUGAUGAAAUAAGUGAAUGUAUCAGUGAAAAGUCUUUGUCAGUGACAGGCAGCAUUCAUUUAGAGAGAGUUUUAGAACUGAAAUCACCAACAGAACUUCUGAAGAGUAAGGAGUGCAGUGAGGUUGAGAGAGAACCUGCUCCUGCUGAUUCAUCCCUGUGGGCUUCCAGUUCCAAGGCAGAAGAUGACGAAGAAGAAGCUCUCCUAGAUUUUCAUAUCGGUGACAGAGUUCUUGUGAGUAAUGUCCAGCCUGGGACACUAAGAUUCAAGGGCUUUACAAGUUUUGCUAAAGGUUUUUGGGCUGGUGUUGAGUUAGACAAGCCAGAAGGAAACAACAAUGGGACUUAUAAUGGCAUUCGGUAUUUUGAUUGUAAAGAAAAGCAUGGCAUUUUUGCGCCUCCACAAAAAGUAUUUCAUAAUUCAGAAAGUUUUGAUACUUGCUUGGACUCAAAUAAAAACAUCUGCAAACAUACAUUAGACAAUAAUGAUAAAGCAAAUAAGAACAACCGAGAAAGCCCAGAAGAAAAGGAAAAUGAUACGAAUACAGCUCAUGAGGAUAAAUUCCUGGGUGAUAUGUCUGCUUUAGAGGGCUUUAUUUUAGCUGGAGACAAUACAAAACUGAUUUCGCAGAGAAAUAUUGUUUCAGACUUUAUUGCUGCUGCUGAAGAGCUUGAUCAAGAAACAAGUAUUGUUGAUUCUCUAAAAUCCUCUGAAAAUGAUGAUGAUAUUAUAUCUGCUUCAGUUUCUAAUGCCCGUAGAGAGGCUUCUGCAGUUGCUGCAGAAGGAACAUCAGAAAGCUUAUUCCCUGAGAAAUGGAAGCAACAGCCUUCUUGGCAGGAAUAUACUGAGAAGUCAGAUUGCCUUUCUCCUGGAGUUUUGGAGAAGUCUGCAACUCCACUCCUGGACUUAUUGACAAAAGAACGAAGCCAGUUAGAAGCACAACUUAAAGUCCCAUCAGAAGAAGAAGAAGAACUUGUUGAUCAACAGGAAAAAGUUGGCUUGCUGGCUGACAGUCUGCUGCAAGCUUUUGUGAAAGACACAGUCAGUCAAUUGCAAGAAAUCAAGAAGGUCAGGAAUGAAAAAAUUCUAUCUAGCAAUAGAGAACUUUGUGCUGUCCAAGAAAAAACAUUUACAACAAAUGACCUGCAGAGCCUUUUAAUCAGUUCUGAUCUGGAUGAUGAUAGAGAAGAAGUUUCCUCUCCAGAUAUGUGUCCUAGGCCUGAAAGCCCAGUGUUUGGUGCCAGUGGCCAAGAAGAGCUUGCCAAGAGGCUGGCAGAACUGGAGCUUAGCCGGGAGUUCUUGAGUGUAUUAGGAGAUGACCAAGAUUGGUUUGAUGAGGAUUUUGGCUUGAGUUCUCGUAAGUUGCCUCAGAAACAAGCUGAAGAAUCAGCAGUUUUGCCUAAGCUAGAGCCCCCCAAAGUACUAACCAAGCCAUGUGAAGAGCCCUUCGCUGUCCCACAUACUGCAGGAGAAGUGGAAGACCUGGUGCAUGUGGCAGCUGAGCAACUGUGGAAAUGUAAAGAAAUGGGGCAUGAUCUUCAGGCUACCAGUCUUCCCAGGGACACAAAUGAUUCUUCCAGGGAUGGUGACAUCGAAGCUGUUAGCAAACAGAUCUACAAACAGGCAGUGUUUGAUCUAACAAGAGAGAUCUUUGGAGAGAUUUUUGCAGAAGAUCCAAAUUUGAAUCAACCUAUUUGGAUGAAACCAUGUAGGAUUACUUCCGGUUACUUCCGUCGAGUAAAAGAUCCAAACGAUCUUGAAGAGAUAAAGACUUUUAUAGCAAACGAAGUGCUAAAGCUCUUGAAUCUGAGAAAGGAGCCAAACAAUAAAACAGACUGGCAGAAAAUGAUGAAAUUUGGACGCAAAAAACGAGACAGAGUGGAUCAUCUACUGGUCCAAGAAUUACACGAAGAAGAAGCUCAGUGGGUGAACUAUGAUGAAGAUGAGCUAUAUGUGAAGAUGCAACUGGCAGAUGGAAUUUUUGAGGCCUUAAUAAGAGAGACCAUCGAAGUCCUUAACCAGAUCAAUGAAAAACAGAAGAAGCUGCUGCUUGUGUGACAUCAAAGCUAUAGUUUUACUAUAGCAAUCUGUUAUUUGAAUGCGAUGGGGUGGAAAUUGUACAGCCAUGAAGAUGCUGUUGAACCGAAAUACCUAGCAAUGUCAUCUAGCAUACUUAAUGGUGAAGAGAGCUGGGUGUUGCUGUUCAACAACACCUGCAGGGCCACACUAUUCCUACUCCUGGAGUUAGAUGUCAUUUUAAUAUAGGUGGAGACAUGACAGAACAUGGUAUCACACAUCCCUUCCCAUGCUGCCUUUGAAGAGUUUACACUGGAUUUUUUCCAAAUAAAUUUUUCCUAUUAGAUCUUUUCACCCUACUCUCCCCCCCCCCCCUAAUACAUGUUUGACAAUUCAGUUUAACAGUUGGCAUUUGACUUUUGAUGUUGUUGUUGCAGUCUUGCUAUAGGAACUGCACAUUUCAGAUACAUUUUGGUAAUUUCUUGGGUUUGAGCACUGAAUACCCAGAAUUAUAAACUGAAGUUGUUAGUAAAUGUUUUUCUUCAUUUUAAUAACUGCUGUUCUAGUUUGUUAACUAUCAUUAUUUUUUAAAAUUAUCUUACUCAUAUUUAUAUAACAGUCCAAACAUGCAUUUGUCAACAGCCAUUGAUUUUUGUUCUGUUUCCCAUCCAUUUCCAUCUUUCUGUUUCAAAAUGUGGAACUAGAUUGACGCAAGAGACAUUAAGGUAGAGAUGUAUUCUUCUGAAUAUGUAUUCUUCUCACGAAGCACAGUGAAAUGUUGUCACUAAAUAUUAAUCUGGGUUAAUUUUCCUAGUUUUCCACAAUAUUCAUCCUUUCCUCAGUGAACUACCAGCUGCUUCCAAGUUUGUAGGUACUCAGGAUUCUCUCAGGCUCUUGACAUGUAAGAGUUGGGGGGGAAAUGCUUGCAAAUGUCAGCCUUUGAUCCCUUUACUUCCUCCCUCGCUUACCACCCUACAGUGAUGUAUUGGUGGAGUCAUUACUUGAAUUAUGUAGGGCUGGGAGGGUAUGUAUGUACCAAAGAAAGUGAUGCCUAGUGCUUGACUCUGGAUUUGUUUUGUAUGCAUAUAGAAUUUCUUUUAACUUAUUUUAUAACAUGUUAUGUCAGAAAAAAUGUCUAGUGCUAUACUAAUUGCACUACUAUAGGAUUUAAACUCCAGAUUCAACACAAGGUAUCUUUUAUCAAGACCGUAUCUGUCUUAUAAAAAUAGAGAUACACAGUUUUGUUUCAAAAAUGCCAUCUUAAAGAGAUCUGCAAAGAACCAAGUGCACAUUUUGCACUGUAGAGUAGGAAAGAGGCAUGAUGAUGCAAAAGCCACCUGAAACAGUUGGAAUUUGAGGGGGAACACCUGGAUUGGCAUUAAAAACAUCCUUCUCCCAUUCACCCCUAGUGCCCCCAAAUGUCCUACAGGACACAGCUGCUGCCAGCACAGUGUUCUCUUCUUCCCUCUCCCCUGUGUUUCUCCAAGGGAUCACAGUUGAUCUAGGCUUGAAUGCUAAUGCCUUAAUUUAAAAUCUAGUUUACUUGAUAGGAAUCAAAAUCUCCUGACAUGUAUUAAUGUGGAGAUAGCACUUGGAAGCAUGGGAGAAGGCACUCCAAAGACGUUUAUGAACCAAGAGGUGCAUAUGGGAAGAGCUAUGCCCUUUCCUCUUUCAUUGCAUCUAAUUCCUUGGGCUUCCAACUAAACAUACUUCUGCCAAUACUCCUUUAUUGGCCAUUUAUUUCGAAAUCAUUUUUGUGAUUUAUUUGCCUUUUGCAGUGACACACAAACAGGGCAGCCCCUUAUAUCUGUGAUUGUACAGAGAAAGUAGUUGGAAUCCAAUCCAACAAGAAACCCUGCUAUAUGGCAUAGCCAGCUUGUCAGUUUCCAAUUUUGUAUGACUAGACUUAUUUAGAAGAACUACAAGAUCAAAAUAGCAGUGAAAAUACCCAGCAUAUCUUCUUCUUAGUGCAUCUCUAUCACUUUAAGAGUUAGGUGCCAACUCUAAAAAAGAUCUGGUGGAAUGAGCUGUUGUGUUUUAGAAGUUAACAGGUUUUAAACUCCCAAACAAAAGUUAUUGUAUUCUUAAUAGAUAUGUUGCUAUCAUUUCACAGUGUCUUAGGUUUUACCACUUCUGGGGCUCCCCUAUUGUGAACUGAGGGAGUAUUCAUAUAUAUGAGAAAAAUAUAAAUAAACUAACAGUAAUGCAAUUCCUGAGGUUACUAGAAACAAUAGCAAUAGUGAUACAUUGCACAUCCUAAAGCUUUUGCCUUGAAUAUGGGAUUCUGAUACAGCAGCUUCAUUUGGUGUAGGCAUUGAAAAAGGCUGGAAAUUCGGCUUUUAAAAAUUACUGAAAUCUGUAGUUUUGGGUUAAGCAAGCCAUGACAUAGUUUGAACCAUUCCACCUCUUUGUGGCAACAGCCUUUACAAAUUUGCGGCUUUCCCCCCUAGAAAUAUUGGAUUAUUCUUGCAGUUUUUUCAGUAAAAAUCUAAAAAUGGGAAGGUCAUUUUUCUAGUCUCAAAUACAAAAAAAAGAUGAGCACAUAUUAUGAGACUGCAUUAAAGAACUUCUAGUUUACCCUGAAAGGUUUUAUGUUCUCACCCUUGUGAAAACGUAUAUGUUUAAAACAUGCCUUUGCUAUGUGAAGAUUUGUGAGCACAGCCUGAGCUACGUAUCUUCCUGUAAGACAUGUUUCAAUCCAGGUAUCCUUUUUGAUGUUAAUGAGAUAUGGCAUUGGCCACAUAUAUAUGUUACACGAAGGCAUGGCCUUUAAAUUGGAGUCUGCUGAGGAGAAUGGGAAUCAUCCUUUUUAUAUCAUAGUUCACGAUGAAGUGUUGAAGCUGCAUAGGAGACUUGAGUUUCAACAGAUAACAGAGAUUGUCAUUCUUUUUCCUGAGAUACACUUGAAUUAUGUUAUGUCUUACAGAAUUCAUCUUGGAAAUAAAUAUGUGGCCUGAUAAUGUUGAAACUAAAGAUGAAACCACAGCUAGAAAAUAUGGAUUAAGUUAAAUAUGUCCCAUUGUUUCCUUCUGAGAUCAAAGGAAAGCAAGUGUUAUUUAAGUAAAAAGAGCAGCAGUUCUUCCUGUAGAAUUGUUCCUGACCUAUAGAAGUUGUGACAUCCUUUUUCUGCAAAUUUCCUAUUUAAGUAGGAAGGAGUUAGAUGAGAGUGCAGCUGUACUCAUGUAUCAUUCCCAUUCAUUUCAAAAGAGUUUGGAUAGGAAAAAUUCCCAGUGCACUGUGUCCCUUAGGCUUUUCACUAGCUUAACUUUGGGGAGAAACAACAGCUAGGUUUUGUGGCCGGUUUGGUAUGGGUGGGGAGAGGACCCAUUAAUGAUCUUAGAAAACGUGGCCUUAGCAAUUUUUGCAAUACUUGAAUAAAAGCGUGUGUUCACUAAAGAAAUUCCAUGGCACAGCAUUCAGAGACCAUUGAAGUAACUGCACCACAAAUAUUUUUCAGUCACUUUUGGUACUUUAACAGAAUUAAAUACUUAUGUUCCAGCAGCAAAAACAGUUGACACUUGCAAAGUGUUUCUAUGUAAACUGUAGGAUUUUGGGUUUUUAUAUUUACAAACACUGGUUGAUAUGGCUAAGCAGACUCUCAGCUGAACUAGUUUGACAUUAAAAGGAAAUAAAAGUGGAAAAACUGUACUGUAAUAUGUUGAAGUAAAUAGGAGUUUUUCCUUUGAUUUUUGCAGAGCCUUUUUAUAUACAUUUAUGGAGCCGUUAUAGGGAGAUUCUUCUUCCCCAUGUAAUAUAUUGUGCAGAUACUAAACUGCUCAUGUGUGAGUUUGUGUGUGUGUGUGUAAAUAACCUUAACAUAUUGGUUUCUAGGUCAAUUUCAGCCAAUACUCACACAUCCUGUGCAGCACGGCUCAGUAGAUUACCGAGUGUUAAGGUUCUUGUAAUUAUGGACUGUAAAAUAAGCCAGGACAGUCCCUGUAUACACCAGUGUAAAUAUCUUUGUUAAUUUGAGAUGUACUUUAAGAAAAUUAAACCUGUAAAUAAAUUGAUUUAUAAACUAUCAAA